GUAUUCUGUUCAGGACACUCUGGUUUGGAAACUUCAAGCAAUGUUGCUCUGUUAGAACAGUUUGUUCGUGUGAAAUAAAUUUUGUUGGCAGAAAACGUUUCCUUUUGCAGUGAGCAUGUUGCUGUAAUCUCAUUUUUUUUGCGAUAGGUGGUAGGAACAUCAUUACCCAUUUUCUUGGUUACUUCAUCACCACCAACAGUUGUGGAAGGGGUGGAAACUCUUAUUCUGUGCCUUUUGGAAUUUGUCCUGUUUGCACUUGUUGCAAAGAGCAGCCUCUUUGAAUUCGGAUAAUUCAAGACCUUAAAAUCCAGAGUUACCUUUUCUACUAAGUUUAACCUGAAGAUGUUCUUCCUAGCUGUGUGUGUAUGUACUAUUAGCUUGAUUUCUUCCACUCUGCAGCUGGAUUUGAACUUGUCUUCAGAGUGUGGACAGAGGUUUGGGAAAGAAUGGAAAUUGCUUGUAAAACUCUACAGACGUUCUGAAAUGGUGGAGGGAGUAUCUUUAAGUAGUGGCUUCUAGAUUAAUUAUGGGAACCAACAAAUGGCCUUUCAAUUUAUAACAAAAUUCCAUUGCUAAAUAAUAAUUUGGAAAACACUGAUCUAUUUAACAGUGGUGGAGUCAGUGGAGGCUCUUCACUUAGGGCAGGGUGGGCAACGCCCCCCCCCCCAGGCCAAAAUGUCCAAAGAAACUAAUAAAAAUGCUCCAAAAACAGUAAUAAUUGUCAGCCAUUCUGUCCUCUGCCACCAUUUUAGGUCUAACUGACUCAGUCACUGCAGCCCUGCACUUCCUUGCCUGUAGCUUGCAAGCCUGCAGUGUUGACAUAUAGUGGGCGCUGGUAGUGAAAUUCCUUAAACACCUAUAAGAGCACACGAAAGUUUCACAUAACAGUGUUCAUAAGGCAGGAGCCAAUCCCAUGGCUUGCCUUUGUUGUCAAAAGAUGGGCUGAAUUCAAACAGCCCUAUCAGGAAGACGUCAUCCUGACUGACAGCUCGCUCUGCCUCUGACUAGCAAUCAGUGUGGAUGGGGGCAGUCCUUGUUCUAGUCUUCCGAAGGAAGAGAGCGGCAAUCGCCAUUUUGUUCACUCUUGAACAGUGUGCUGUGUGAGCUGCCUUACAAAGAGAAGAGAGACCAUUUAUUUUGUUUAUUUAGCCUCAGAUUAUGUAAAUUAAAUUCAUGUAAUUGUCAGAUUAUGUAAGAUGUAAUUCACUAGCAAUACGCAUUUGGGCGCCUUUUAAGGAACUAAUCAACACAAAACAAAACGUAUUAAAUUGGACAACUACAUAGUCUUCCAGGCUAAAGGUGAAUCAAGGAAGCUGUGAAUGAAUGAUCAUCUUUGCCUUGAAGUACCAUGCCCACAGAUGCUGAUCCCUCAACCAUAGUGAAAACAGUUCACCUGGUUUUCCUUUCAACUUUCUGGGGAAUGCAGAUUUGGGUCACUUUCAUAUCUAACUUCGUGAUGGGCAGCAAUCUCUCGCAACACACAUUUGGCUUCAUUCAGAGUUGCCUCUUCCCUUACUACUUCCACAUUGGUUCUGCUUGUGCUUUAAUGAAUCUGACUAUAUUUGCUAUGUGUCAUCCCAGUGAACUUCUCAAUGAGGAAGAAACCAUGCAGAUUACAGUCUUCUUCAUUUGUGUCACAGUCUCUGCUCUAAAUUCUCAGUGGUUUGGGCAAGUGACUUCAGAUAUUAUGGCUGAAAUGCACCUGAUUGAACAAAGCUAUGGCUUGGGAGAAGACGUCAGGUGGUUCUCAAACAAGUCCCUUAUACGGCUGUGUAAACUGGACUCUAAUUAUAGGGAGCUGACUAGCAAAUUGAGUAUCUACCAGGGCUUUUCUUCAUUCUGCAAUCUGUGCUGCAUCACAUGCAAUGGCUUGAGUCUCUACUAUAUGGCUGCUCAUCUUUCAGCACUAUAAUCAUGUGGGUAAAUCAGUUGGAACAGCAGCUCAAGCUUGUAUGGGUAUAUGUUCAAGAACAGUGAAAGCAUGGGUUACAUCAGUUGGUUUAAUCCAUGCUCUCUGCUGGUAUAGAGAACUCCUCUACAGAAGGCUCAGAGGCUGUGAAUAAUGUAAUGCCAUCAAGGUACAUAUUUAAGUACGAGUCUCUUCCCCCACCACACUUUUUAACUUUGUAUGCAUUGAGAAACUGAUGUAGGAUUCUUGAAGGAUACAUUUUAUAUGUCAGGAGUGGGUCACUUCAUUUGUCCACUGCCCUCUCAAUCUUCCAUGGGAAAACGAUGCUAAACUUUUAAGGAAGCUACAGCCUAGCUAAUCAUGAGUAUUUACUUAAGGGCACCCAUGCCCAGCAGAUGUAGGAUACACUUAACUGUGCUUGGUACAUGGAAAAACUAUUCUAUCAAAUGUAUUUUUAAUUUCUUCCAAACAAAGGGAAGGCUUUUCUGUUACGAUGGACUAAAUUAAAACUUUAUUUUAUCAACUGA